AUGCGUGCUGUUGCCGUCGGAAAUCCAUCCCCAGCUGCCCUGAUCGCAGUGAGCGUUGUUGCAGGAGUUGCGAUCGUCCUGGCUGUGGCAGUGUCCAUUCUGUACAUAGGAAGUAGACUUGAGCUGAGAAAGAUCCAGGAUGCUAAGACACAGCUUGGUCGCGACGGAAGCUACAAGAGCAUCCCCGAGCAUCAGUAUGAGACGAUCCCGGACACAGUCCGUGGUCCUCUGCCCAUUCCGGCUGCCAGGGUGCCGCCAUUGGUGAGACACACCGACAUAGAACUACAGGCCAGGGCCACGGGGCCCGGCAUGGGUCGCCAGGGGGAGGGCGAAGGAGGCAGGAAGAGACGGCAUCAAAUGGCCAAGAACACUCGCGGUGGCCCAAGGGAUACCAACGCCGGAGGUCCUACCAAAGGCCGUCCUAUUGGCGGGAUGCACCAUUCACCUCGGCCAGGGGGGGCCAGGGUCCCUGCCGGAUCUCCAUGGACCCUUGAGCCUGACUACGACACGACUCGCGGCUACGUGUUCGAGAAUGACGAUGAGAGCGAAACGGAUGUGGAGUAGCUACCAAGCAAGGCAUCCCGGGCCGUGUGGUGUGUCCCAAACCGUGCCUGUCCCAAACCGUGCCUGUCCCAAACCGUGCCUGUCCCAAACCGUGCCUGGCCCAAACCGUGCCUGGCCCAAA